AUGGGAUAUUAUUGCUACAUGAAUGAUGCGCUCAGCAAUUAUAUGAAUCUUGAUUCUGUUAGAAAUGCUCUACACAUUCCCGCAGGGGCUCCCAAAUGGAUAGCUGAUGGUGGCCUCAUUGCAGUCUACAACCAAACCAAUCCUACUGCUGAACCUUUAUUUAAAUACAUUCUCAACAGCUCUUAUUAUGACGCCAGCAACUUUACGAUACUGUUAUAUAGUGGUGAUGUAGAUACUAUGUGUAACUGGAUGGGUGCUGAAUGGUUCACCACACAGUACUUCACGACGCGAAUGCGUCAAUUUUUCCAGCUACCAGCACGAGAACCAUGGAGCUAUCAAACUGACCCAAUCUACUUCUCAACAGUGGGUGGUUAUGCAAGAAGAUAUGCAAGAAAUAUUGAUGUACUUACAGUCAAGGGUUCCGGCCAUUUUGUACCAUUGGAUCGACCUAUGCAAGCCCUUCAAAUGAUCAACAAUUGGAUCAACAGAGCUGACUACAGUCCAGCUACAAGUGUAGCAUCGUCAUUAAACCUGAUUCAGAGUGUUUUGUUGGCUGUUGUAGUGCGGUUCUUAUUGUAA